AAGUGCCUGUUAUGUAUAUGUAUUUGUGUAUGCAUUCAUUGUUUUUAAGUUAUAAUUACAGAAAUAUUUUUUAUGUUUUCCAUGGUUCAGCCUUCAUAGGCAGCACACUUUUCAGCAGAGGGCUACCAUCCAAACUGAGAUGACCAGAUCAUUUCCUGGGUUUUUCAGCAAAGGACGGGGUAAAAGGCGAAUUCUGUCAGUGAACCCUAGCAAACCUGCAAAAAUAUUGCCUGUUAACUUUUAUUUGCUGCCUCACCAAUAUGAUCGAACACCUAAGGAAAGUGAGAAUGUGGUACACAUGCAAGCUGGAUUGGGGCGGAAGACAAUGCAUAUGGACGAAAAUGCAACUUAUGAUGAAGUAUGUGCCCAACUGAAAGAGCUGUACCCAAAAUUUCAGGACUUAAAGGGGGGUUGGCUUGUCUAUAAAUCUUCAGGAGGAUGGGGCUCCCGGAAGCUCACCCUUAUUCCACCCGAUGAUAGUGGAUACAGUGGCAAACUUUUGAAGACUGCAACUCAAGGUUUUAAAGGAGUUCUUUACAUAGCUCCUCUUCAAGUGGAACUCGACACCACUGCUCUGCCACCAGAAUCUGAAAGCUUUAAUGAUAUGCCAAAAGAGAAAUGCCAGAGAUGUGGAAUCACUUACCCAUUAGUCAUUCUUACAGCACACAUUAAGUCCUGUGUGACCAGUGAUGAUGCUGAACAGACCAAUGAUGAUCAAGCAACUUGCCCUAUCUGUCAAAAAGAAAUGCCCCUUGAUGUGAUAGAGAUUCAUGCAAGUUUUUGCACAGGUGACAGCAUACAACCUCUGGAAUUAAAUGCAUCUAUGGAAGAACCAUCCACAUCUGGAGUUUUCAUGCCCAUGACGUAUACCGGUCAUUCAAACGAAGCAGAAUCCACAAGAAUGAAUUAUGAUUGGAAAACUGAACCAGAUAAAAAUAGAGCAGUAUCCUUAUACACCAAGGAAAUAAUUAGCCAACAUGAGACUGGAAAGCCCCUCUUGAUGAUCAUGGAUGUGAGGAUGGACAGGGAAGAUCAAGACCGAGAACUUGUUGCAUUCUACAAACAAAACAGCGUAGAAUGGGCAUGCCCUGUGAAAAGCAAACUCCAAGGGGAUGCUGCCAUUGGUGAAGGAGUGACUAGACACUUUUUUUCUACUGCUAUGCAGAGGCUUCAGCAUGGUUUCAAUUUUAACAUGGGAAACACUGCAAGGACCUGUCUCUUUGAAGGUGAACCAGGCCAUCUUGUUCCAUCAUCAUCACAAUUUCUCGUAGAGAGUGAUCUGUUCCUUGUUGCAGGACGCAUGAUUGGACAUGCAUUCCUACAUGGUGGACCUCGGCUGGCUGGAGUCAGCAAGGCAAUAGUCCAUGUACUUCUAGGAGGUUCACCUGAGACCGCUACAGUGCAAAUAGAAGAUUGUCCUGACCAUGAUAUUCGUGAAACCAUAAAACUGCUUGAUGGAGAGGCUGAACUCAGUAUUGCUGAACAUCAAGCUGUCCUUGAUCUGAGUCUUGCUUGGGAUCUUCCUGGCCCAACCAAAGAAAACAAGAAGUGGCUUUUUGAGCGCCUUUUAUCACAUGCGGUCAUUGGAAGGAGAUUACGGCAGCUGAAACAAAUACGUAAAGGGCUUAAGGAAACCAGAGUGUGGCCACUGCUGAUGGAAAGGAAAGAUGUGGAUAUCUUUCCGAGCGAACAUGAAAUUUCACUUACCCCAUCGAUGCUACUUUCCUGUAUCUGCUGGCCCUCUGAUAGCAGUGUGGAUGAAGAUGAUGAAGAUUGUUUGCUAGAAGAUAGAUGCCGCAUCUCAGGGUAUUUGCGUCAGUUCAUUGAGACAGCAUCCAGCUCUGACCUUAAGGACUUGGUGAAAUUCUGGCUGGGGUGGGAAGUGCCAGAUGGAAAGAUGGUAGUCGAAAUUGUUAGAGCUGACAUGCCAAAGUCCUCCACUUGCUUCAGCAUGCUACGCUUACCAGGUCAUUACAUGGAUUUCAGCCAUUUUAAGGAUGAACUCCUUAAGUGUAUUGGUACCUCAGAGUUUGGUUUUGGACUUGUUUAGUUAAGUGAACUCCAAUACAGUAAUUAAAGACACCACCUUUAUUAAAUUAAGUUAUAAGUUACAGUAUCAUAGUCCUAUGUUGUUUGGACUUGUUGGACAUAGAUAUAUCGCUAUGCACACAUUCAUGUUGUAUUGCUGUUUUAUUUUUGAGAAGUGGGGAAAUCCCAUGCAAUACAUUACAUUUUAAUGUCAUUGUUUUUGAACCAAUUUAGCUGUCCAUUGUGCUAUGUGAAAGAAAAGAAAAACACAUGUAAUGCUAUAUUAUUCAUAAAAUAAAUAGACAUUCAG